AUUAUUAUCAAAUUGAUCAUUUGCGUGAUAAAAUGUUGCGACUGGUUAUACUUUGAUAAAGUCUUCAUCAUAACGUAAUAAAAAUGAUAUAUUCAAGAUAGUACUUUCCAUAAAUAAUGUCUUCAUUUAAAGAAGGAACAAUUUAUUUAUAAUAAUAGUCUAUAUAAAAUUAAUAAUUUUAAAAACUAUGAGGAUUUAUUUUCUAUUAUUUUUGGCAAUUUUGAUUGUCAAAAAAAGUGAAACAAUCGAAGACAAAAAUGUAAUUAAAGUUAUAAAUAAUGUUGCUAGUAAAGCAGCCAUGGAUGAUAAAAUCAAAAAAAUCAUUGAAGGAUUUAAAGAAAUAAUGAAAAACGGAAAUGAAACUUUAGGCAUACCUCGAUUGGAUCCUUUCGAGUCAAAUUCAAUCAAUUUGACUAUUAAAAACGCUGAUUUAAUAGGUAAAUUUUUUUCUUCAAAUAUAAUUAUUGAAGGUUUGUCGAAUUACAUUGUGAAUAAGGCACAAAUAAAAGUUGUUGGUUUAAAAAUGAUUAUUGCUCUCGAAUGGCCUAAAAUUGGAGGAGAAGUUUUAAAUUAUAUCUUAUCUGAUGGUCGAUUGAUGAAUUUUGUGAACAUAUUUGGACAUGGAAAUGCAAUUUUUCAUAUUAAUAAUUUCAAAUUCGCUAUUGAAAUGUCCAUAACAACUAACCAGACAAAUAAAUUUCUCUGCAUCAAAGAAUUACAAACUUCUAUUUCUAUUGGUGAUAAUAAUGAAACUGACAGCAUUAAGUUUUACACUGAGGGACUUUACGAUGAUAAAGAGUUAUCUCAAUUGUUUAGUGGUGUUAUUUCUGAAUUGGUACCUGCGGCUUUUGAUAUUUAUUACAAAGAAAUGAUAAAUACAUUAAAUAAAGUUUUAAUCGAUGCAGCAAAUAAAUUCCUGUUUGGAAAAACUUGGAAAGAUCUGAUAGCAAUUAUAUCACAAACAUAAAAAUAUUUUCAUAAUUAAUUUACAUUUGUCACAAAUUAUAUUAAAGAAUUUUAAAAAUAUAAAUUCAUGACUAUGGAAUACGA